ACACCGAAGCUAAACAUAUGGAUAUGAUUUUUUUUCUCCACGUAAAGACAUUAUAUAGUGUUAUUGUAGUUAUGUAACAGGUUAGAAGUUGGAGCUUAAAAGCCUCUCUCUCACUCAUUUCCAGAACAAGAAACCAGAAAGGAACUACUACAUAUACAUAUACAUAUACAUAAUAAGCCCCUCUCUAUCUCUUUCACUUUCUAUCCCUUUCUUUCUUUCUUUCUUUCUUUAUUUCUUUCUCUAAUGGCUGCUGAGGAUGUUUGUGAGGUUGGUUUUGAAGAAGGAAUGUUGUGGUUACCUUCACAUGUCCUAGAUGAGGCUUGUGACACAAAGGUGAAUAUGAGGCUGCAACAACAACAGCAACACCACCAACUUCACCACCAACAACAACAACUUCAUCAUCGUAAAUUGCCCAAAGAGUCACUCCCGCAGAAUUAUAAAUCUAGCUCAAGACCACAACAUAGACAGAAAAAUGGCCCCAACUGGGCAGCUGGAGGACCUGGAAUGCAAGCUAUUUUCCUUGAGUCAGGAAGAAGAUCAUGCGGUACUGGAGUUUUCCUUCCACAAAGGUUAGAGACCAAUUUCCAAUCAAAAAAGAAGCCAGCUUGCUCUCCGGUUCUCCUUCCUUCUCGAGUGGUUCAAGCUCUGAACCUCAAUGUGCAUGCAUUAGGCUUGCAAAUAUCACCUCGACAAGAUGCCAAAAGUGGUACCAAAGAUAGAGAUUGCAAUUCAGACAUAAAUAAGAAUGGCAAGGACUUACAAGCACAAUGUUGCGUUUUGUCCCAAAAUCAAAAUUCUUCACCAGAGAUAUUUCUUCCAAAGGAAUGGACAUACUAGCUCUGAGUGGACCAACUGGUUAUGUUGUACCUAAAAAUUCAUAAAGCUAAAGCUAGGCAGAAAACUCUUGUUUUACUUAUGUGCUGUUCAUUGUACGUAUCAUGUAAGUUGUAACGCAAUAAAUUAAUAAUAAUAGAAAUAAUAGCAGCGCAAGAUUUCCCUUUCAUUUA